AUGAGUGGCGAUACGAUAAAAAUCGUCAAGUUUUUAUCCGGCUUAGCAUUCCAGCUGUUCCUGGUAGCUGCCACGUCGAAGGCUGGCUCACUGCAGCUGAAUCAUGGCACGGAGUUGGAGAAUUUAAGCUUGCUCGGUUUGCAGUGGCUGGCUAUGGUCAUGCUGUUCAUUUCCUGGCUGAUUGUCCAGGUUGUCACCAAAAAUUUCUGGUACACCAUGGCUAAUCUGGCUUUCUGCAUCAGCGCUGUGGUGGCGAUAUUCUUAACGAUCGGUUUUCGAGUGGCAUACACAAACACCGACUCGCCCCAAGAUAGUCUGGUCAUUGCUGCCUACUCGUUGGCCGCAGUUUUGUCGCUCACAGGCGCCAUCUGGAACUUUUUCUGGAAAAGAUAG